AGUCGUCGCGCUGCCUAAUGCGACCACCCCGUUGACAAAUAGCGGCGAUAGCGAUCGACCGUGGAUGACUCCACCGACGAGGGCGCGGAGCGCGGUAUGAAGUGCGAGGACCCGUGCCUGGCUGAGCGAAAAUAUUGGUGUUUCCUGCUUUCCUCCAUUUGCACCUUCUUGGCGGGAUUGCUCAUCGUCCUGAUAUGGAGGCUCUUCGCCUUCUUGUGCUGCCGGAAGGAGGCGGACCUCGGGCCCAACGAUCCCAAGCAGAAGGAGCAGAAGGCCGCGAGGCAGAACAAGCAGGAAUUCGAGGGUACUUUCAUGACGGAGGCCAAGGACUGGGCAGGAGAGCUGAUUUCAGGGCAGACCACGACAGGGAGAAUCCUGGUCGUCCUAGUGUUUAUUCUAAGCAUAGCUUCACUAGUUAUUUACUUCAUAGAUGCCUCAAAUGAAUGCGUGGAACGCUGUCUACAGUGGAGUGAUAAUAUUACUCAACAAAUCGACCUUGCCUUCAACAUAUUUUUUAUGGUCUAUUUUUUUAUAAGAUUUAUAGCAGCUAGUGAUAAGUUAUGGUUCAUGUUAGAAAUGUAUUCAUUCGUAGACUACUUCACGAUACCCCCGUCCUUCGUCUCAAUUUAUUUGAAUCGCACGUGGAUCGGUCUACGAUUCCUGCGUGCCCUGCGUUUAAUGACUGUACCAGAUAUUUUACAAUACCUCAACAUACUGAAGACUUCCAGUUCCAUACGUCUUGCUCAGUUAGUGUCCAUAUUCAUAUCAGUAUGGCUUACAGCGGCUGGAAUUAUUCAUCUGCUGGAAAACUCCGGUGAUCCUCUAGAGUUCAGUAAUGAAAAUCCGUUGCCAUACUGGACUUGUGUAUAUUUUUUAAUUGUAACUAUGUCAACCGUUGGAUAUGGAGACGUGUACUGCCACACUGUUUUAGGAAGAACUUUUCUAGUGUUUUUUCUUCUAGUCGGCUUGGCGAUAUUCGCCAGUUGUAUCCCCGAGAUCAUUGACUUAAUCGGGACUAGACCAAAAUAUGGUGGCACACUGAAGAACGAGAGAGGCCGAAGGCACAUUGUGGUUUGUGGACAUAUAACAUACGAGUCAGUUUCGCAUUUUCUAAAGGACUUUCUUCACGAAGAUAGAGAAGAUGUGGAUGUUGAAGUUGUGUUCUUGCACAGGAAACCGCCGGACCUUGAACUGGAAGGUCUCUUCAAGAGACAUUUCACAACUGUAGAAUUCUUCCAAGGUACCAUUAUGAACCCUAUUGAUCUGCAGAGGGUUAAGGUACACGAAGCAGAUGCUUGCCUAGUCCUGGCAAAUAAGUACUGCCAAGAUCCAGACGCUGAAGAUGCAGCCAACAUCAUGAGGGUCAUCUCCAUUAAAAAUUAUAGUGAUGACAUUAGAGUUAUUAUACAAUUAAUGCAGUAUCAUAACAAGGCUUAUCUACUAAACAUUCCAUCUUGGGACUGGAAACAAGGAGACGACGUCAUUUGUUUGGCGGAGCUGAAAUUAGGCUUUAUAGCACAGUCUUGUCUAGCCCCCGGAUUUUCUACGAUGAUGGCAAACCUGUUUGCCAUGCGAUCCUUCAAAACGUCUCCAGACAUGCAGGUGUGGACCAAUGACUAUUUGCGCGGAACAGGAAUGGAAAUGUAUACAGAAACUCUCAGCCCCUCAUUUAUAGGCAUGCCAUUUGCUCAGGCCACAGAGUUAUGCUUCACGAAACUCAAACUUCUCCUGCUAGCUAUCGAAGUGAAGGGAAUUGAAGGAGCGGAUACGAAAAUUUCAAUCAACCCACGAGGUGCAAAGAUCGUCGCUAAUACUCAGGGAUUCUUCAUAGCACAGUCAGCAGAUGAAGUGAAAAGGGCCUGGUUUUACUGCAAAGCUUGCCACGAAGAAAUCAAAGACGAAACACUAAUCAAGAAGUGCAAGUGCAAAAACUAUGUUGGAAUGAUCUUGAUGCAAACUGGCAUGGUUAAACAGGGCCUAAACUACCAAAGAUACUUGGAUGAUGACCAUCAUCCUCCUCCUACUUUCACACCACCAGAGUUGCCCAAGAAGGUUCAUGUCCGAGGUGAUAUGAAUCGACAUGAUGAUGUACAUUUGGGACAUCGCAAUCAGAAUCAUCGUAACAGCGCAAUACCAAUGGCCAACAUGGUGAACUCGACGAAACAAGUGAACAAGGUGAAACCGAACAUUACUAGAUCUGCAACAGACAAUAUGGUAUCACCAAGUUAUAAUUCUAGAGCGCCGGAGCAAGAACCGACAUCUUACGCCGGCUAUCAUCUAGCCUAUGAAGUGAAAAAACUCAUGCCAACAAGCAGAAGUAGUGGAGGAACGAACCAAAAUAAUAAUGGAGUGGCACUACCAGUUGGUUUGGCCGACGAUCAAGCCAAAGAUUUUGAUUUUGAAAAGACUGAAAUGAAAUACGAUAGCACUGGAAUGUUUCAUUGGGGACCUGCAAAAAAUUUAGAAGAAUGCAUACUGGAUAGAAAUCAAGCAGCAAUGACUGUAUUAAAUGGACAUGUGGUGGUUUGUUUGUUUGCUGAUCCGGAUUCUCCUCUCAUAGGGUUACGAAAUUUAGUAAUGCCGUUAAGAGCCAGUAAUUUCCAUUACCAUGAAUUAAAACAUGUAGUAAUAGUCGGCUCGGUGGAUUAUAUAAGAAGAGAGUGGAAAAUGCUACAAAAUUUACCAAAGAUAUCUGUUCUUAAUGGUUCUCCUUUAAGUAGAGCAGAUCUCCGUGCUGUGAAUGUAAAUUUAUGUGAUAUGUGUUGCAUCUUAUCAGCAAAGGUACCAAGCAAUGAUGAUCCAACGUUAGCGGAUAAAGAGGCUAUUUUGGCAUCUCUAAAUAUUAAGGCAAUGACUUUCGAUGACACAAUAGGUGUGCUGAGUCAAGCCAAUGGUACAAAUGAAGCUGGGACACCCGUUGGUAGUCCAAUAAUUCUUCAAAGAAGAGGAUCUGUUUACGGAGCAAACGUACCUAUGAUAACUGAAUUAGUCAACGACAGUAAUGUACAAUUUUUGGACCAAGAUGACGACGAUGAUCCCGAUACUGAAUUGUACUUAACGCAGCCUUUUGCAUGUGGUACAGCUUUUGCUGUUAGUGUUUUAGAUUCAUUAAUGUCUACUACUUAUUUUAAUCAAAAUGCCUUAACGUUAAUUCGGUCUCUGAUAACCGGAGGUGCUACACCUGAACUGGAAUUAAUUUUAGCUGAAGGUGCAGGCCUUCGAGGAGGAUACAGCACUGCAGAUAGCUUGUCAAACAGAGAUAGAUGUCGAGUAGGCCAGAUAUCUCUAUACGAUGGUCCUCUAGCACAAUUUGGGGAGACGGGAAAAUAUGGUGAUCUAUUUGUUGCCGCUCUUAAACAAUUUGGUAUGCUUUGCAUAGGACUCUAUAGGUUUAGGGAUACAAGUUCAUCAUGUGAUGCUAGUAGUAAAAGAUACGUUAUAACCAAUCCGCCAGAUGAUUUCCAGUUAUUACCCACAGAUCAGGUAUUCGUUUUAAUGCAGUUUGAUCCGGGAUUAGAAUACAAGCAAGUCAGAGGGCGAACAGGCACAGGUCAAGGCAGUGGCACAGGAGGAGGGGGAACCAACAAAGAUGAAAACUCUUGACUACUACUAUGUAGCGCCCUUACAGAUGGACCCUAUUCAUAUAUAUAGAAAAAUAAAAGUGGUCCAAAAUAAUUAUUAUACCCACCAUUCCAGAAUCCUUUUCCAAUUUGUAUGUUUACUGUUAUCUUAAAUAUGUCUUAAUUAAUAUUUUUCAAAUGAUGUGUUUUCAUGCUUACCAUAUGUAAAUAUAUCAUACCAAAAGCGGUUUUUUUUUGUGUACAUAAAAGUGUAUUUUUUUAAUUUGACCUUUAAUACCUGUAGAUUAUAAAUGGUUACCAAUAUUUUUUCAUUAUACAUUUGGAAAAUUUUGUGUCCCAAGUUUGAAAUAAUCACUGAAAAUUCUUGACCAAACCAAAUUUAAAGCUUUUUUUCACUUGAUUUUAAAAAUUAAUAUUUAUUUUUUUAUGAUUUAAAAUUAUAAUUAUACAAUUAAUCUUACCCAUAAUCGGAAGUCAUAUUGUUAAUUUUUACGUAUACAUAUUAUUUUUUUGGGAUGCGUAAUUUUUCAACACAACUCAAAUAAAUGGAUAUUUUUAUGUUAAGUUAAUUUUAAGUUUGCUAUGUCGUUUCAUUUUAGUUUCAGUUAAGCGUAUGCCAAUUGUAUUACUAAUUUUGUAGAUACAAUUUCUUCGUGUGGGUGUUUUACUAACAAAUUAUCUGUGAGGCGCUACUAUAAUAUUCUCUGCUAACUCUACUCUGGACUCUCUAAUGCUUUAAUUUCCAUGUAAGAACAUUAUAAAAAAAAUACGUUAAUACAUUAACAUCGAUAAAGACAAAGACAGUUUUAAUAAAGUUUUGUAUAUAUAGUUCUUACUGUGACGCAAUUUUUUUAAAAAUAUAUAUAAAGCUGUUGUGCCAUUUGUAAAUAGACUGAAUGAUAAAUGAGCUUUUUUAUAGAAUGUGUAAAUGAUGUAGAUAUUUGUUAGAAAAGUGCAGAGGUGGGUAUAUAAAGACCUAAUUGUUAUUGUGGGAUUUGUUUUUAUAUAUAGAUUCUCGUUAAUUACAUAUUUAAUAUGAAGUGAGUGCAGUCACAAUCCAUUUUUCAAUAACUUAUCAAUAUAAAAUCAUAUUUUUUGAUACUUUAUAUAAGAAAGUUUUCUGCCAAUCCAAUGACUAGGUACGUGAUGAGGCUAUAAAAUAACGAGACUAAUCCUGUAAAACUUUUUAUUUUAAAUUUUUGCAUACUUGAUUAUUGUCCCCUUACACCGGCUCCAUGCAAAUGUUACAUUGUACAAAACAAUGCUGGAUGUCUUUUUUCUGUAAGCUCGUUCACGGCACGUGCUUUCUUCUUUCGCAGCUUCAAGGGACUGAAAUCUUGUUCCUUUUAUUGCGGAUUUGACCUUGGAGAUCAGAUAAAUAUCACAUGGUGCCAGGUCAGGCUAGAAACAUCUUGACAGACAAUGCAGUGUGAGUCUGUGCGUUGUCCUGAUGAAGAUCCCACAAUUUGUGUCUUUUCUGAUUGUUUUCACGAAAUUUAGCAAGAAUCUCGAGGUAGUAAUGCUGAUUAACAGUUUGACCUUCAGGAACUGAGUGAAGAUACACAAUCCCAUGGAUAACGAACUAAACAAUCAUCAUUGCUUUGAAUUUUGAUUUGCCCAUGUGAGUUUUUUUAGCUCUUCCAACGCAUGGAUUGACGAUUAGUUUCUGGAUCAUAAGUGAAAAAUCAAGAUUCAUAGCAUGUUAUCACUUUUUCCAAGAAGUUCGGGUCAUUUUCAAUGACAUUUAAAAUGUCACUACAAAUAUUUUCUCGAACUUCUUUUUGUUCGAUUGUGAACAUUUUCGGCACCACUUUCGCUCACAUUUUUUUAAUGUUCAAAUUCUCGUGUAUUUGCCUUACACAUUCUUUGUCAAUUCCUACAGUUUCAACAAUAGACGAAGAGAUAACCGACGGUCAGAUCGGAUCAGAUUAGCAAUGUUUUCAAUAUUUUUAUCCAUUUUUGACGUGAAAGAACUCCCGGACGUGCGUCAUCUUCAACGCUUUCUCGACCAUCUUGAAAACGCUUAAACGACUCAAAAACCCCGCGCAAGUGCUAAUAAUUAAUUGCUAUAUACUUCUCUUCAUAAAAGAUACGUUUCAGUAACGGUUUUUCCAAGUUUCGUAUGGAAUUUCACAACAAUUUGCUGCUCUAUAACUUAUCAUUUUUCCGGCAGAACAAAAAAUAGAUCUUAUACAAACUAAGUCCAUGGCGAAACUAGUAUGUUUGCAGACACGAUAAAGGCGGGAAUCGGAAGAGAAGGCUUCACACCACUCAGCUGUCGAUCGUACGACUUUGACGCAGUUCGACUAUAGUAGCAUUAGUAUCGUUAUUUUAUAGCCACACCCCAUAUACAUAUAUUUUUAAGUUUUACUCUUUAACAAUUGUUAAAUACUCUAUUUGAAAAUUCUAUUGACUUGUUGAAAUUUCCUUUUAAAAAUAUAAAUUAGUAGGUAUCUAUUUUAUUGAUUCGUAGCAGUAUAUUUGUAUGUACAAUAUUAGAUAAAUUUAACAAUUCAUAUAAAAAAUAUAUACAGGAUGUCUCAUAAUUAGCUGCCAACCCUGAA